GCUUCACCGGGCCUCCGCCUCUCUCAGCUGGCUUGAAAGGCUGUUAUUGUUGUUACUAAAAGAUUAGUGGACCAGCUGGUUGCUCUCUGGACUUGCAUCACAUAUGCCGGGUUGAUUUACAAGGAGUUUACUGUCCAAGUUACUAAGAUGGAGGAGGCGCAGUCCCACCCCAGUGUAGUUUUCCUGAAUGUGGCCUCAAGUUACGUACCCCACACCAAGGUGGAGUGCUACUACAAUCUGCCACCUGGCAUGAAGCCAUCAACUAGAGAUUGGAUUGGCAUCUUUAAGGUGGACGCUUCUUCGGUACGUGACUAUUAUACUUUUGUGUGGGGAAUCAUGCCAGAUGGUGGAGCUUCUGAAGGAACCCUCCAUUGCAGCGUCCAGUUCCAAGCUAGCUACUUACCUAAACCAGGUCCGCAGCAAUAUCACUUUCGUUAUGUGGAUCGCCAUGGAGUGGUGCAUGGCCAAAGUUCUCCUUUCCAGUUCAGCGAACCCCGUCCCAUGGAUGAGCUCGUCACUCUAGAGGAGGCCAGCGAUGACGGAGGUGGAACUGAUAUGCUGCUAGUGGUUCCCAAGGCCGCUGUACUUGAGACUCAGCUGGAAGAGAGUCGUCAGGAACAAGGAGCCUUGUUGCGUGAGUCCUGCCACCUGAAGGAAGAGGUUCAAGAGUGGAGAAGCCGCGCAGCAGAUCUAGAAGCAGCACUGAGCUCCUUACGUGAUGAGCACACCAAGCUGGCUGCACAAUAUAAGGAACUGUCAAAUUCUUACGGAGAAAUCUCCAAGCAGAGAGAUACUCUAAGCCUUCAAGACACUGAGCAAGUGGCCCGAAUCCAGGAGCUGGAGGGCGACAUCCAGGCGAUGGGGGAGAAGAUGCUUCAGAGGGAGACGGAAUUAGACAGGGUGAAAGACACAGUGAAGUCACUUGUGAGGGAGCAGGAACACAUCCACCAUCAGCUCAAAGAAGAGAAUGCUGAGAAAGAGCAGUACCAGGUCAAGCUGCAGGCUUCCAAGGAGGAGACCCGUAGCCUGGCCUCCGACUUGCAAGAAGCCAAGACUCGUCACGGUGAGAAAAUCUCCCAGGCUCUCAUGCUGCAGGAGGAUAUUCAGAAGCUGCAGCAGAAGCUGGCAGCCGCUAACCGCCGCACAGCACAGAUGGAGUCCCUGUGUGAACAAUUACGCACCACACAGGACGUUCUGGCUGCCAGCCAGCAGAAAGUGGCUCUCUUAGGGGAAGAGCUAGCCAGUGUGGCCUCCAUCCGAGACCGUACCAUCUCCGAUCUCCACAAGAGCCGCCUUGAGGCGGCUGAGGUCAACAUCAAGCUUGCUGACAUGACCCUCAAGUGGAAAGAAGGCAAAGGCCAAUGGUGGAAGGAGAAAGCCAUGCUGUUGCAGAAUGUAGAGGCAGAGAAAGAUAAGAUCCUGAAGCUGAGUGCCGAGGUUCUCCGCCUUGAAAACAGCCUGCAAGAAGAACGGGCACAGUGCCAGGUGUUGCGUAUGGACCUGGCACAGGAACGGGAUGCCAAUCUGGUUCAAGUCUCUGAGAACCGUCGCGAGCUACGGGAGCUACGGGCUGCCCUGCAGGUUGGCCAGAAGGAGAAAGAGCAACUGCAGUCCGAAAAACAGGAGCUGCUGGUGUAUAUACGCCGCCUUGAAGAACGUUUGGAGAAAGUAGCAGAUGAGAAAUGGAGCGAAUCAGUUCUGAUUGAUGAAGAGGAGAGAGCUCUGGAUACUCCUGGCUCCCUGGGCUCCUCGCUGUCUGAUUCUGAGGACGAAUGCCCUGAGGACAUGCGUCUGCCUGCCCAGCUCAGUUCUUACAGCCUGUGUGACACCCGGGCACUGACCACCAAGCCUCCCUGUGCCCACGGCUCAUCUCACACAGUGGUGAUCAGCCAGCCUGCUCCUAUUGCUAGUCAGAUCAAACAGCUGCCCAAGGAUUCCAGUUCUGACUCGGAAGCUGAAGAUGAGAAGGCAGUUCUGAUGGCAGCUGCCCAGAGUGGUGGUGAAGAAACCAAUCUACUCCUUCCAGAACUGGGCAAUGGCUUCUGUGAAGUGGCCAGUGGGCUGACAGGGCGGCAGAUGUCAGAACCAAACGGAAUGGGCGUAUCUCCCUUGGACCUGCCCUCUCCAGGCUUUUGGAAGGAGUGUCCCAUCUGCCAUGAGCGCUUCCCACCUGAGAGUGACAAGGAAACUGUUGAUACGCAUGUUGACGGUCACUUCUUUUUCAGCACCCACGACCCCUUUACUUUUGAAUAAGCUUCUGGCCUCCAUCACCACCACCACCACCAUGUCCCCUUGUUUUCCCCCUCUGUCAUUUCAGUAGGAUUCAGGCUGGCUCCUUCCCUCUCUUCUUGCUUCCAUAGAGAGCUUCUUAAGAAGAAUGAAUUAUCCUAGCACAAUUCUAUCCUUGGUUUGGUGGCUGUAAAAAAACUGUUGUCUUCCAGGGACCCUUUCCAAGGCAGAACAGUCAGAACCAUCUUGCAUCAGGGAUGGGAAUUACGUGAACUGUAGCGGGAUGGGCCGUGUAUCGCCAUAGAGUGGUAGUUGUCCAGGCAUUUGGGGUGAUCUUUUACAGAUAUCCACCAUGACUUUGCCUUCUUGUUUGCCUGACAAUGUGCUGCAAAAUUCUUAAAAAUGCUUGCAUCAGCAAAACCCACCAAAUUAUAUGUAGGUCCUCCCUGCGUAUAUGCCCAGAAGCUUUAUGGUCCCUAUGCUGUGCAAGGAAAUCAUUGGUUUUCACACUGUCCAGUGACCAUCAAAUCUCACUACGGAAGGUAAUGACACUCUGACCUUUGCCCUGGAAGGACUCUGUAGACUAGGGCUGUCAAACUCAAGUCCUGCGGGCUGAAUGCGUCACCUACUGGCCACCUGGGCACCAUGCCUGGUUUAGCGAAGGCGGGGGAGUUCCAAUAUGUCAUGUGAUGCUGUGACAAUGUGAGUUUGACACCCCUGCUGUAAACUUUAUAGAAAAUCAGGAGCAACUACAACUGAGAUAUGAUAAUAGCACUUAGCACGUAGACGUAUAUAUCUCCCCAUAGUGCUUUACUGCUAUUAUAGCACUCUCUUGGGCUGUUUGCAAUGUCAGCAUACUGCCCCCAACAAUCUUUGUCCUCAUUUUACCAACCUCUGAAGGAUGGAAGCCUGAGUCAACCUUGAGCCCGGUCAGGAUCGAACUCCAGGCUGUGGGCAGAAUUUGUGUGCAAUACUGGCUCCUAACCACUGGACCACCACGAUUGCUCAUUAACAGGCAGACGGAGACAGAGAAGAAGAGGUUUCAGUUUCCUUAUCAGUAGCAGCUAUAUUGAGAUCAAUGGGAAAGGAAGGCCUUUAAAAGUUGUGUAGGUAUUAAGGCUCCAGUCAAACAUGCUGCACCAUAUCUGGUUCUCCUAUUACAAAGACUGCUGAUUCCUGGCCUCCAGGUCUAAUAAGAUUCCUUGCGGCUGGUUUCGGCUGGAAUCCAGCCAUACCUGGGGAGGUAUAGACUCUGUACUUCUGGAAUAAACCAAAAGUCAGUAUUUGAGAAGUUCUCAAAUCAAGGAUAUAAAUUCCUUGGUUAUAAAUAGUUGGGUGAAUGUAUAUCUACAACACAAAUGUUUGGGGAAAAGAGUCUGGGGGCAAAAAUGUCCAUGCUUAGAGAGGACUUCUCUCUCUUCUCAGUGUUAAAUAUAGAACAGCUCAGUAGCCCACCUAUUGUUUAACUCCUCAAUAUGUAAAAGGAGAGAAAACACAUGAAAUGCAAAUGAACGGAUUGUCUGUUUAUUGGUUUAGCUACUGGUAACUCUUCCAACAAAACCUCAAAGGAUUUUAUUGCUUAUAUUUAUAUAUUAUAUGGCAUUGUAUGUGGGCUUUUUAAAAUAAAAGCUAAAGCCACCAGGCUCGCAGACAUGUAAAUUAGAGUAAAAUUGAGAAGAGAUUCCAUAAAAUCUCUUUUCUGCAUGUCUCCUCACCACGAGGGAACAAAAUUAUACAAAUCCACAGGCAAGGUUGUUUUUCUCCCCUAAACAUGAUCAAUAACUUUCCUAAAUGUGGCUGUUACCUUUACAUAAAUAGCAAAAGGCAAGAUUAUUCUAUUAUAAUUCCUGUUCUCAAGUAUUCCAAUGAUAUUAUUUAAACUGGAGAAGGAGGGAUAAGGACGUUACAGUAAUGUACAGUAACUGCCAUUUCUCUCAAGGAAUGGGAAAUGGUGAGGAAGGAUAUUCAUGAGAGGUAUCUUUAAAUUAGAAAUUAAUUCAAGUGAUUUUAAUCAAGUUAACUUUCUUUAUCUUCCCACCAGAACAGCAAUUGGUGCAUUUUCCUUCCAGAAGGAACCAAAAUGAAUAAAGAGCAGAAAAAAUAGCAUUGGCUAUUGCACGAGAAUCUUGCAGCAGAUAAUUCACUUUAAGAAUUAGCAACAGGAAUAGCAUUUUGCCAUGACAAUAGUAUUAAGCAGAAAUACACAUAUUUUUGAGCUAGGGACAAUGCAUCUGCGGAAAACAUCGAAGCAUGCUUAUCUCGAUGCUUUUGAUCAUAGCUGUGCGUAAAUGUACUUUGGCCCCAGACUUCCAUUUUCUCACCACAGAAUAAAUUAGGCCCAUUAUGCAAGUCAGCUCAUACUAAAAUAAAUUAUGCUUCCAGAAUAAAAGAUAGCAAACAUAUCU